AUGUCAACCCAAGAAUAUUUCUUUAUUUCGAGAGAAGCUUUUAAUGAUUUAAUCAAUAAAUUCCUUGAAAAAAAAACACUGGCUAGACACCAUAAAACCUUUAUUUCGCAAGAUGACUACGAUCUUAUAAUUGCAGUACUUCGUGACCCUAUCAAUACAUCUUUAGGAACACCAAAAGAUCGAUUUUGGAUUAAAAAUUCUUUUCAACUUCGUGAGUUAGAAACUGAAACAAAUCCAAACACCCAAAUUAUUACUGUUGCUAAAGAUGAAAAAGGGUUGGACUUAAUACGUACAAUAUGUCCAUUUAACUGCCUUUAUGAUACAUUAUGUAAAGUUCAUAUGAGUGUUUUGAAACAUGUUGGGGCAUCUAAAAUGUGGAAUGUUAUUGGAAAGCAGUAUGAUUAUAUUCCUCAGUUAUUUAUAAGAGAAUUUUGUGGCGCUGGUAAUACAUAUGCUACAUAUAGAUCUUUUCCUAAUGCUCUUGCUGCCAAACCAAUCAUAGUAUCAGGUUUUCUUACUCUUCGUGCAACUGGAAAAUUACCAUACUCUCUUGUGUUCGGGCAGGAUCCAUUUAAGAAUUUUUCAAUACUUGAAGAUUUAUAUCAAAAGAAUGUUGUGGAUGAGGAGAACCUACCUAAUGAUUUUUUUGAAGAAUCAGAUAAUAAUGAUUUAUUGUUGGAUCAAUCAGAAUCAUUAGAUCAAUCUAAAUUACUAACAGUCUUGAAUCGAGAAUUUUUAACACUGAAUCAAUUUGAAUCCUUAACAUCGAAUCAAGUUAAAUCCUUAACAUUGAAUCAAUUUGAGUCCUCAAUACCAAAUCAAUUUGAAUCCUCAACACCGAAUGAUAAUGUUGGUUCACAAGAUUUACCCUUACAAGAAAUUCAAAAUAUUCAAUCACAUCAUCAACUAUCUCGUGAAUAUGCUAACAAGUCACUCAUCAUUUAUCGAAACAAAAUGAAGGAUCAGAUGAUGAAAAAAAACAAUAAACACCCACUUGAAUAUUCAAUCAAUAACUACGUAUGUCUUGAAAUUCCAAGAAUAGACCGUAACAGUGUUGAUCGAUUUAUCUUGCCUUGCAAAGUAAUUGAGAAAUUGUCAGAUAAAACAUAUCAUUUACAAUGCAAAAGUGGCAUUCUUGAUAUUGUCUAUAGUGUAAAUGAAAUUAUGCCACUGGAGCCAACAGAGUACAAAGAGCUUAAAGUCUGUCAAGAUAAUAUUAUCAAUUUACGAGAGGCUGCAAGAAUGCAGUCCACUUUUACUAUAACCGGUACAAAAUGCAAUUGUAAAG